AUGCAACGAUUCUUUCUACUAUACUUCUACUUACUCGCUACUGCAUUAGCGGUGUGGCCAUUUGAACAAGAGGAAAACACAUUGGGCGCAACACCUUCAACACCAUGGUGGGAGGGAAUCUUUGGAGCAGCCACUAGUACUUCAGCUCAGUCCUCAUCAACAGAACUGCAACAAACUUCACCAACGAGCUCAGCAGCACAAGCUGUCACCACUAGCUCAUCCUCAUCUUCGUCCUCAAGUCAACCUUGGUAUGCAGGUAUCUUUGGCGCUUUGACAAGCUCUUCUCAAGCUAGCAGCACCUCAGCACCUUCAGCCACUUCCCAAACAGGACGAGGCGCUUCACAAUCCGCGUCUGUCACUUCGUCAAGAUCAUCUACAAGCUCUCAAGGGGGAAUAGAAGGUUGGUUAGGUGGUUUGUACGGAUCGUCAUCUAGCAGAGGCUCAUCAUCUCAAGCUCAGUCUACUGAUGAAACCCAAACAAACUCCGACGGCGAUGGUGUUGCAAAUCCCUAUUCACCAGUGAACAUUACGUGUCCGGAAACUGCUCUCGUGCGUAAGGCUGACGGAUUGUCCGACAAUGAAAAGAAUUAUGUCGAGGCAAAACAGGAACAAACAAACAAGUUUUUGAUUAGUUUUUUGAACAAUAGGGCCAACUUGAGUGAUUUCGAUGCGGAGUCUUUUAUCAAUGAGAAUUCAGAUGAACAUAACAUAACCAUUGGCUUGGCUUUCUCGGGUGGUGGAUACAGGGCAAUGUUGGCGGGUGCUGGCUCAGUCUUGGCUCUUGAUGACAGGUUUGAAGAUUCAAAUACCAAUGCGUUGGGAGGUCUUCUUCAAUCAUCGACAUACUUGGUGGGACUUUCGGGUGGAUCUUGGUUGGUUGGUACAUUAGUUUUGAACAAUUGGAUUUCAGUUGAAAACAUUUUGAAUGGGUCUUCGCAAAUAUGGGAUCUCGAAACUUCCAUCUUGGAUCCAAAUGCUGGCGACUUGGUGUCGAUUGCAAAGUUUUACACUGGUGUUGGAACUUCUAUUGUGAGUAAGAACAGAGCUGGUUUCAACACAUCCGUUACAGAUAUUUGGGGUAGAGCUUUGAGUCACCAACUCUUGGACGACUCUAGUGGUGGAGCCAAUCUUACUUGGUCGAGUGUACGUAACUUGACCAGCUUCGAAGAUUAUUCAAUGCCGUUUCCAAUAUUGGUUGCAGAUGGUAAAACCAUCCAAGCAGAGGUGAUCAAUCCAAACACUACAUUUGUUGUUGAAAUCUCACCAUUUGAGUUAGGAAAUUUUGAUGCUUUGAACGGAUUUGUCAAUACUGAGUAUUUGGGAUCGAGCAUUCAAGAUGGAGAUGCACACCAAUGUGUUAGAAAUUAUGAUAAUGCAGGUUUCGUCAUGGGCACCUCCUCCUCAGUGUUCAAUUCAGUAUUUUCGCAAUUGAAUAAUUACGAUGUGAGUACCAUUCUUAGGCCAAUCUUUGACCAGUUGAUGAACGAAGUGAGCGACUCGAAGGACGAUGUGGCAAUCUACGAUCCUAAUCCAUUCUACGAGUGGUCAGAUGCCCAAAUAGAUAAAGCUGUCAACAAUAAUACAUUGUCAUUGGUUGAUGGUGGUGACAAUGGUCAAAACGUCCCAUUUUAUCCAUUGAUUCAGCCCGACAGGAAUGUUGACGUUAUCUUUGCUUUUGACAAUAGUGCUGACACCAAGGAGAAUUGGCCCAACGGAACUUCGUUUGUGGAUACUUAUAAAUGGCAAUUCAGCGAUCAAGGUAAGGGAACACCAUUCCCUUAUGUGCCAACAGUUGACACAUACUUGAAAGAUGAUUUAAAAGAGAAACCAUUGUUUUUUGGAUGUAAUGCAUCAGACUUGUCGGAUAUUGUUAAAUUUCACGAUAAAAAGGAUUUGAAUGAAACUGAUGUUCCAUUGGUUGUGUACAUUUCCAACCAUCAUGAAUCGUACUUGUCAAACUUUUCCACUUUCAAAUUGGCCUACGACAAUGCAGAGAAAACAGGAACCAUCAGAAACGGUUAUGAGGUCGUAUCAAGAGGAAACUUGACCGAGGACUCCAAUUGGGCCACUUGUGUGGGCUGUGCUAUAAUCAGAAGACAACAAGAGAGAUUGGGUGAACAACCAAGCGAAGAGUGCGCCAAGUGUUUCCAGGAAUACUGCUGGACAGGUACUGCUGAGGACGCGCCUCAAGUUUCAGCAUUCACCGGCCUGAACGGCUCAUCCAACUCCACAAACUCAUCCAAUUCGACCGGGGCACAUAGCUCGACCAGCUCGACCAGCGCGCACAACUCCACAAGCUCUGCCAUCUCCUCGAGUACCCAGCGCAACAAUUCCAGUAUUGCUGGUGAAUCCAGAACAGGAAGCACACAGGCAACUACAACACCGUCAACUGUGACCACAUCCACCAGAGGUGGUGGUAUUAACAUAAUCGGUUGGGGUAGUCCUGCCAACAGUGGUGGCAACAGCAGCAGCGCUUACAGCAACAGCAACAACAAUGCUUACAGCUAUCCAACAGAAACGGAAACAAGCAGUGCGCCCACCUCAGCGCCUUUGAUCACAUCCGCUGCACCAACGUCAUCUUCAACUACUACAUUUGCUGGACCUACAACUACAGGAUCAACGACUCCUUAUACCGGACACGGUAUUAAAGCUGCGUCAUCUUUAUCAUUCUUUAUCGUUGCAAUGCACAUGUGCAUGAGUUACCUUGUGGCAUUUUUAUAG